AUGACAUUAUCAGCUCGUAUCUUGACUUUCGGCUGCAUAAAGUUCAAUUAUUUUCGGCAUUUGAAAAUUCCGGCCACUACUAUUCACAGGAACAUGGCAAGCGAAGGGAUUUCGCCUCAGGAAGUCGAGUCGUUAUGUCAGACUCCUCAUCCCUCCACCAAGGAGUUCAUGUUUCAACAAACAAUGUACCGCAUAAAGGACCCGAGGAAAUCCAUACCGUUCUACACCGGAGUGCUGGGAAUGACAUUGCUGAAACAGCUACACUUCCCCGAAAUGAAGUUUUCGCUCUUUUUCAUGGGAUACGAGAAUCCCAGCGAGGUGCCACGCGACGAGAAAGCGCGAGCCGCAUGGGCCAUGACCAGGAAAGCUACGUUGGAACUCACCUACAACUGGGGCACAGAGAGCGACGACUCCAGUUACCACAACGGCAACUCGGAUCCCAGGGGAUUUGGCCACAUUGGUAUAUUGGUUCCAGACGUAGAAGAAGCUUGUGCAAGAUUCGAACAGCAAGGGGUGAAAUUCAUCAAGCGCCCCCAAGACGGCAAGAUGAAGGGGCUCGCCUUCAUCCAGGAUCCAGAUGGCUACUGGAUAGAGAUUUUCAAAGCGGAUGUGGUAUCA